AUGAGCUACCAUAUUUUGUUCUUUGGUAUGGAGUAUGCCGAGAAUGAGGAGAUUGUGGAGUAUGGUGCGCUUAAGGUUUCUACUCACUCAUUGACUACGAUUGAAGAGUACCAUUCUUUUAUUCAACCAAGUCUUCAAACCAUCAAUAACUUCAAAGAACGAACGAGACUCACUCGCGAAAAUCUCACGAGGGCAUAUACUUUCUCUACCAUACACUUGUCUCUCUUCGAACUUCUCAACGAUCAAAUAUGGAUUGGCUAUAACAUAGACAGUAUCCACUAUCCACGUUUGAAGAAAGCAUGUGAAUAUCAAAAUCUACUAUGUCCUAUUCCUAGGCAAACGAUAGAUACACGUCUCUUGUGGACUCUCGAUUUUGAGGAAGGAAAAGACGUGUCGUUGCAAUCACUUGGUAACCACUUUGGCAUAGAGGAACAAGAACAACACUUGAGCAUACCAGAUUGUCACCUAAACCUUAAGGUUUUCAUCCGUUGUGGAGGUCGUCAUAUACUGAACGAAUUUAUGAAGGAGGGUGUUUAA